CAGCCAUCAAACCUCCCAAACCUGCGACGUCUAUUCGUAGAAGCUCGCACCGAGGGCGAAGAGAGCGCAUACUCCAGGAAUGCUUUCUACAACCUCGUGAUCUUCAUGUCUUCGGUUGCAGUCUUCAGUCUGGUCGCCCAGCGUAUGAGCACAGGAAAAGUUGCAGGCUCGUAG